AUGGGCCACGCUGUCCCCGAUCUAGACGCGAUAGGCAUCAAAGCCGACCAUGACCUAGCUGAUCAAUUUCGCCGCGAAGUCGCCCAACUCCUCGGGCGCAGCAACCUCAACUUCCCUGGAGCACAACCGGUCAGCUUCUCGUCAAAGCACCUCAAUGAGCUGCAACGGGAGGACUACUUUGUCUGCGAAAAGACCGACGGCAUCCGCUGCCUGAUGUACUUUGCGCGCGGAGAUCCCGACUCUGACAUGCCGGAAAUUCACUACCUGAUCGAUCGCAAGAACGACUACCGCUACGUACCGGGCCUACACUUCCCCCUGCCGAACGACGAAAGUUUCCAGGGAUACCACGUCGACACCCUGGUGGACGGCGAGCUUGUCAACGACACCUACGAGGAUGGAACUACCCAGCUGAAAUAUCUGGUCUUCGACUGUCUGGUACUGGACGGACAAAGCUUGAUGCACCGUACCCUGGACAAACGGUUGGCGUACUUCAAGGAAAAGGUGCUCAGGCCAUACAAUGCCAUGUAUCGCAAAUUCCCGGAGGAGAAAGCCCACCGCCCCUUCGCCGUCGAGGACAAAUCUACGCAAUUCAGUUACGGCAUUGAGAUGAUGUUCCGCGAAAUUAUCCCCAAGGUCAAGCGCAUUCACGGUAACGACGGUCUCAUCUUUACUUGUCGCAGUACUCCGUACCGCAUCGGCACCGACGAACACAUCCUCAAGUGGAAGCCACCCCAAGAGAACACCAUUGAUUUCCGUAUGCGUCUUGAGUUUCCGACACUAGAGCCAGAUACCGAAGAUGAGGCCGAGGGUAUCACCCAGCCCUACUUGGACUACGACGCUAUCCCAAUAUGCCACCUGUUCGUCAUGCUCAAUGCUGGCGAGUACCGUCAUUUUGGGGAGAUGUUCGUUGAGCCGAAGGAAUGGGAAGAUCUCAAAGCCCUGCGUGUUCCACUUGAUGACACUAUCGUUGAGUGUGCCAAAGAUGCGGAAGGACGCUGGCGCUUCUACCGUAUUCGUGAUGACAAGAACGAUGCAAACCACAUCUCCACUGUUGAAAAGGUUCUUGAAAGUAUCGAGGACCGCGUCACAGAGGAUGAUCUCAUCCGCCUCGCUCCCGUCAUCAAAACAGCUUGGAAGCAGCGCCAGCACAACAUGGCUAUCGGGGACGAGGAGAAAAGCGGAGAGCUCAGGCUAUGCCACCAUCCGCGAAUGCGAACGGUGUCAAGCGGAAAUAUGAAGGGUGAUUAG